UGAGAGAGGGAGGGAGGGAGCAGGGGGCUGAGCUGAUCCCACGUGUGACGCUUUCAUUCCCGGCUCAGUAAUAUUCUCAUAGCGGGGCUUUGCAUAUCUCCUGCCCGUAUCUGUGUGUGUCUGUCACUGUUACUGUAGUCCCAGCCUAUAGUUUGAAAUAGAUAUGGAAGCAGACGGGAGUCAAGCCACAUCCGGAAGCCUAAAUGAUUCACAACAUGACCCGGGUAAAAUGUUUAUCGGUGGCCUCAGCUGGCAAACCUCACCAGACAGCCUUAGAGACUAUUUUAGUAAAUUCGGAGAAAUAAGAGAAUGUAUGGUGAUGAGAGACCCCACGACAAAACGCUCAAGAGGAUUUGGGUUCGUAACGUUUACAGACGCCGCCAGUGUAGAUAAAGUCUUAGCUCAACAACACCACGAAUUAGACUCAAAGACGAUUGAUCCUAAGGUUGCCUUUCCACGUCGCGCCCAGCCUAAGAUGGUCACAAGAACAAAGAAAAUAUUUGUGGGUGGCUUGUCAGCCAAUACAGUAGUGGAGGACGUGAAGCAGUAUUUUGAACAGUUUGGGAAGGUUGACGAUGCCAUGCUUAUGUUUGAUAAGACAACUAACAGACAUAGAGGGUUUGGCUUCAUAACUUUUGAGAGUGAAGACAUCGUAGAGAAAGUCUGUGAAAUUCAUUUUCAUGAAAUCAAUAACAAAAUGGUAGAAUGUAAGAAGGCCCAGCCCAAGGAGGUGAUGUUCCCACCAGGGACACGAGGGCGAGCCAGGGGUCUGCCCUACACCAUGGAUGCCUUCAUGCUGGGAAUGGGCAUGCUGAGCUACCCCAAUAUUGUGGCAACGUACGGCCGCGGAUACACUGGAUUCGCACCCAGCUACAGCUACCAGUUCCCCGGCUUCCCAGCGACAGCAUACGGACCGGUGGCGGCAGCGGCGGUAGCAGCAGCACGUGGCUCAGGUAGGGGGGCCCGUGGAAGAGGCGGCUACUUGGCGUACCCACAGAGCACAGGGCCAGGCCUCCCCGAUUAUGGGUUUUACUCUACGCCCAGUGACCAGAGGGGGGGGCCCUGCUCCUUUGCUGACUAUGGCUCCCUGGGGCCCCAAGCGGCUCAGAUGCUGCACAGUGAGCAUGCCACCUCCGCCUGCAACUCCCCCCUCCAGCACCUACACAGCCCGGAUCAAUUUAAGAACCCAGGCGCCAACCAGUCAAGGCCCGGAGGUUUCCCUGGUGCUAACAGUCCAGGGCCUGUGGCUGACCUGUACGGACCUAGCAGCCAGGAUUCAGCUGUGGGCAACUACAUCAGCGCUGCUAGCCCUCAGCCUGGCUCUGGGUUUGGCCCCGGCAUCACAGGCCCGUUGAUUGCGACAGCUUUUACAAAUGGAUACCAUUGAACAGGUGGCCGGUUGCCAUCUCAUCAGAGCAGAGUAUAUCUGGUGGCCCCGGAAAGACCGGACGGAGUUUCUAAUUGGCUUUAUGUGCAGGUGAUACUAUCCAACUCCAAGCACUACAGCGUCACCUAAGCAAAAAGAACGAAAGUCGGAACCACAUGAAGAAGAAAAGAAAGUCAUCUCAGAAAAUAACAACUGCUGUACUAUAAUCCAAACCUCCUAUAACUUUACAACCUGGUUUGGUACGAUGUUUCUCACCAAUAUCCUUCCUCUGUUAUUUUUUGUUUUGGUUAGUUUUUAGGGAGUCAUUUUAGUUUUAACUUUCACUUUUGUGUCAUUUUAUUUGAUCUUAUAGUAUAUUUGUGUAAAUGGAUUUUUGUUUGAAGUUCGGGGGUCAUAGCCAAGAAUAUUUGCAAGUCAUGUCUUCAUCAUUGGAGUGUAAAGGAGAAAUGAUUGGAUGUUCAAUUCAGUCUUUCUGCAACAAAAAAAAGCUCAGUGUGGAGAGAAUCAGAAGGAAAAAAAAAUUAAGGAAACUUUAAAGAGUGUAUCAAAGUAAUAAAUCUUAGUAGCUGUUUUAUUUCUUGUGAUGUCUCAUUGUUAACCAUGAUUACCUAUUUUUUGGGCAAUACAAAGAGGACUCCAAUAUUUUUAUGGUCCUUUUUUAUAAGUGUUGUUUUUGUUGUUUAGAAAUAUAUAUAUAUAUGCUAUAACAAAUUUCAUAUAACUACAUUGUGAAUUCAAACUUGAGAAAAAUAAAUGUAGCUGUACAUAUUAUUCCAGUCACUGCAUAUAACCAACUCGGUGAAAGAAUAGCAUAUUUUUGUGAUGGUGUGUCAAAAGAACAUGUUAUAGCGUGUGAAUAGAGGAAAAGCGGUAAACAGUGGUUAUACUUUUUCUGCUGGAAGACGGUAAAAGGACCCCAGAGACAAACAGAACACACCUUCUCUGUAAAUACCCAACGCCGAAUCAUUUUACAAGUGUCAUACCAGCAAAUUUACAAAGUGAAAUGAGUUAAAUCAACACCGUUUUAAGACGUUUAAAAAAAAAAAAAAAAAAAAAGAGAGAGCCUGAUUGGUAUCUUUUGUUUAACUUUUAAGAUAUCAGUAUCUUUUCAAGGAGAGAGAGAGAAAGUUAAGAAGAAAAAAAAGAUUUCAUCCAAAGCACACUGUACUUAGAUGUGAAGAUUGGAGCUUGAAGCGGGCAUUUUACUGUGCUCCGAGUGCGUCCUGACACUUUUAUACUCUACAAAAGAACUUCGGUGUUCGUUAUUGUUUGUUUCAUCCUACUUGUUCCCCAUGUGUUUUAUGGAGCACACGUUCUGGGCUUUGCGCUGGAGCCUUUAUGUGCCGAUUGUUCUCUGAAUCUGUUCUUUUAUGAAUGAAUUAGGAAAGUAAACAUUUUGAUACCAUACCUCAGCUUUUGCGAGUUCUAUUGUGGAAUCAUCGGCAGGUUUUAAUUUAUUCUAGUGGCAAAAUAAGGAAAAACACUGAAAGGUAAUAAAGCGAGUAAUCAUUGCACUGUGAGUAGUAAAGUACAGGCCAUUUUCCCAUUUGCACAUGUAUAUGUCUGCUUUUAAAGAAACGGCCCUGUGCUUUGGGAUAGGAUGAAGGAUGUCGGGGUUAAUGUAUUCUCAUCUCUUCAGAGUUGUGAGGCGAGUUAACAGCUGGGGAAGUCGUAACUGGUAUGUUGCAGUGUACACUUGGAUCUCUUUAUAUAUUAGAACCGUGUCUCAUCUAAAGAUAUUUAUACAGGGUUAAAAGAUGACACUGAAUUAUUCACUUUGUCGCUGCACCAGGUUUUACACAGUGUGUGUGGUUAAUGAUUUUACUCAAACAUUUAAUAAUAAUAUGCUCCAGUUUGGUUUUUAACAGUCAUCAAUGGAAUGAAUGGUGUGUUUUCUGAAAUACUUUACCCGAGGAAGGUAUACUUGUUGUUUUCAUUUGACCUACUUCUUGUCUCAUUUCUUUUGAUUUCAAAACAACCAGGUAAAGAAAUAUGCUGGAUACUUCUAAAGUAAAUGGAGGUGUGAUCAAGUAAUAAUUUAAAGAGUAAAGAAAAAAAAAACUUGUAAUGUUCAAAUGUAAAAGAAAACAAGAAAUACAAAACUAUAAAAAAGAAAGAUGCUUCUUUGCUGAUUUCACGUUUAAUCAGAGUUUUAUUGAUACUUUGUGGUUUAUAUAUUAAUACUUGUAAUAUACUAUUAAAAUGUACUGUGCAUCCAUUGCUUUCUCUCUUUCCAUUCCCCAUUCUCAGAGGUCCUUUUGUUGGUCAUUCAUGUAUUUCAUUAGUGUGUAAAGAAAUCACAGUUAACUUGUAAACAGAGUGCUGUCUUUGAUACCAGUGUAGUGGUCUUUGUUGUUCUCCCUUGCUCUACCUCUCCUUUCUCUCAUAUUUAUCCCUUUUCCUCUUGCGCUCUUUUUAUAUCUCCUGUAAUUACAAAGUAGAUGGUAUAUAGGACUCAUUAAUAUAAUACUUGUAGUGAAUAGUGGAUUUAGGACCAGUCAAGAUAGACCCUACUCUAAAUGAUCAUGUUAUUCUCAGAUUUGCAGUCAAUUAUUUUGAUAGCGGUUCAGUCAUUUAUUCCCUGUGUGUUUUAUUUUUGGUUCGGUUUUUGCCACUCACAUGGUUUCAGCUAACCAAAGCUCUCAUGCAUCAACAAUAGAGAAACAGUUGCUGUAAGAUGGAAUUGUACACAAGGCAUUAUUUGGAUCCCCACCCUUGAAUGUUUUAAAAGGGGUGUGCCGUACUACCUUAAAUACUAACGCUAGAUAUGCAAAACAGUUUUUUUGAUUACUUUCUAAGAGGGACACAAGUUUUAAUCAUGGACAAAGAUGUUAUGUAUGAAGUAUUUCCUAUUUUUUUAAGAAACAUACCAAUGAUUAUCACACUAGUCAUAGUGCCGUUUUAAAUAUUAUUUGUACACUUUGAAAAUAUCUCACUUGCUUAGUUAUUUUUAGACACCAUUUUUGACUUCUUAUUUCUUAAAAAAAUUCAUCAAUAUGUCUAAUCAUUCAAUGCUUGGAUUCUGAGAGCUAGCUUUUGUUUUAAUCAGCAAUCAAUGUUAUUCACUCAUAUUGACAUCAUAGAAGCGUUUUGAAAAACAAUACAAAAGCCCUUCUGCAAAAGACAAGACGGACGUUAAACAGAGGACUUUGGUCUUCAGAGCAAUAUUAGCAGCUGUUAAAGAAUGGGCUGUGAAUCAGGGCACUCCUGUCUCCUGUGAUGUUUGAACUCUAGCUUAAAAGCUCUCAGCCAGAUACCAUGUCGAAGGACCUCCAUUAUUCAAAGAUUCCACAAAACAGCUGUUCAAGCAAAUACAAACCCAUUAGAAAGCAUCAAGCUGUGUCACUCAGCAAGUUAGAUUUUGAGUAUAAUUUCAAUGAAACAUAAUUCAGGUUUAUCCGAGUUAUCUCAUUAUUUGACCUCAUGGGGUCUUAAAAUGUAAUCCUAUUACAUUGAUAAAUGGCGUUUGUCUCAUCCAGUAUAGACAUGUCAAAUUACAUACAGUAAGCACAGCGAUGGCAGCUUUUAUUAUGAUGCUAAAAGUCACAUUAUCCCAUUGAACCAGCAAGCAUACUGGACAGUGUGUUAGAAAGACACAUGUCCACAUCAAAUGUUAUUUAACUUAAUUGUAAAAAGAUGACACCAAUUAAUCUCAUUGGACAAGCUAGGGAGAUGUGGUAUCUGAAAAAAACAAAGGAAAUCUAAACUAAUGUCUAUUUAAAAAAAUACAAUAUUUCAAGUAUUAAUUUUCAGCAUUUUUAGUGUUAAAUAUGUCAGUAGAAAAACAAUAAUUCAAUCGCAGUACCAACUUAUAUGUAAUAGUAAAGUUAGACAGGGUAUAAAAAAGUGUUCCUCUGUUUGAAGCAUUGUUCCUUCCUUUCUUUGAAUAUUUUAUCAAAUAAUAAACUUAACUCAAACCACUAAAAAAAACAAUAUUAGAAGCUUGUUGGGAGCCAUAGUUUAUUUACAUUUUGCGUGCAACAAGUAUUAAACAUGAUUUAGAUUUUCUCACUGUUGCAGCGCCUGGUGGCAGGUGAACCCUUUAUGACUGACAUGGCUCCUUUUCCCUCACACAAUAUAAAAAUGGACUCGUCCAUUGUUUUGUGAUCCUUUAGCUUGGACUUUAAGGUAGCAUGGCUCUGUUGCUGUAAUUUAAUUUUAUCUCAAACUGACAGCAGUUUACAGCUAAUGAAUGUUACACAUCUUAGUAGAUUAGCUUAUCCAUUUGGGAAAAAGGGGAGGGGUCUUGAUUUAAAUAAAAAAAUAUAUAUAAUCAAAAAAGAAAAAAAGUCAACCUGGAAUGUGUUGACAUUUGUAGUGUACUACCGUAUCCAUUUAAACUUGAAUCUUGAGGCAAGUGCUAGGCAAUGGCCAAACAAUUUAUCCCAUCCGCUGUGGGAGAAGCCCCCCCUGAAACCACACACCUGUGAGAUUUCUGUCCUCUUGAAUCAGUUUUAUGGAUAAGAACAAAUGUCUCUCCCCCGGAGCAGGGACAUCAGACGAGGACAGUCUCAGGCUCUGCUCUGUUUCCAAUUCAUAGAACAGACCUUCCUGAGCAUUUGUACCAAAGAACGUGUUAUUCAUCGGGGUGCUAAUGGUUUCAAACCGUUCCGUACAAUGUACCAUUAUGUACGGUGUCCCGUAUCCCCCAGGAUACUGGAGACUGUCGCAGUGAGCACCAAGCUGGUCUCCUGGUCCACAAAGCAACUCUCGCCAACCCAAACCUCUCUAGUGUCGGCUCUCUUGCUUUGGAACAAAGAUCGGCUUGUGUUCACAAAUUUAAAAGACUAAAAGCCUUCGAGGUGACAGAAAUAGCACAAGUUCAGCCGUACUGGCGUGUUUCAGGGAGAGUUCCCCCUUUGGUCCAAACCCAUUGACAUCUCACCAAUGCUCAUUGCUGAAUAUACACAACUGCGAUGUAUAUGUGUGUAGAUGAACAUAUAUCUAUACAAUGUCAAUGUUAGACUGGAGACCUCAGCUGUAUACAGUGUACUCUUCACCCAGCGCCACCCAGGUUCAUUAUUAGCUUGUCCACCAACACGAGAGUUGACCCCUGGCGUGUUGUCGAGUGUGGAGCAGAGCGCAUGGCCUAGAGGGGAGCCUGGAAGCUCUUCAGACUGCAUGGACGGCAGUGUGAGGCUCUGCUGUGCUUCCAUGUUUCUGCAGGCUGAGCACAGAGCUCUCUUCACUGCUGUCUGCCCAUUCCUAACACUUGCCCCUUUUUUUUAUGUUAACCGACUUUUUAUGGCGAGAGACAGACAGACUUGACUGACAUCUGAAAGCAUCUUUCAGGUUAUCAUAUGGCUUGCUUAAGCCCUGUUGUAAAAAUAUACUAAAAGAAAAAAAAAGAUGAUAAUGACAAUAAUAAUAAUGGAUGGGGGUCUCUCACAUAUCAAAUGUGGAAAGUCUAAUUUUAUAUUUGUAUUUUCAAAUAAUAAUAUUGACAAAAAAUGUCUGUGAAAGGUUUCCAUCCUCUACUGUGGUCCAGAAAUUGAUGUGUCUGUCUGGAAAAUAAAUAAAAUAAACUGAAUUGUUAUAUGA